AUGAUGACCUCAUCCAUACGAUGGAUGGCCUGCGCAUCUAUCAUUUUGGCAACAAUAUUGAUAUACUCUAUCUUCUCCUCAACACCCCCAGAAAUCACAUCACUAGAGUCACAGAGGCAAUGGGCCCAAUCUGCAAGUGACUCAACGCCCUCUGAACUCCACCGGCCAUUCUCAGACUUCAAAUCAUGGCAGCAACAACAAAUUUCCGAAAAUUCCUCAGACGACGAUGAGCGCUGCGACAGGAUUCGCAAGGGCAUGGAGGAUAUCUUCGUCGUCAUGAAGACCGGGGCAACCGAAGCUCGGCAAAAAGUCCCCGUACAAUUACACACCACCCUGGAGUGCAUUCCACACUACGCAAUCUUCUCCGACUACGAGGAAACAAUCGGGGGAGUGAGCACGCACAACAUCCUGCAAAAUAUCUCUCAGGCAACACAGUCCAAGGAAGCUGAAUUUGGACUCUACCAUCGACUUCAAAAAGUGGGGCCCGAGGACCUGACUCCGGCUGACUUUGGCGACCAUUCCAAUGGCCCCUUUGGCAAAGUGAACAAUCCCGGCUGGAAGCUGGAUAAGUGGAAAUUUCUUCCGAUGAUCGCUGGCGCAUUGGAGGCUCGGCCCAAGGCAAAAUGGUACAUCUUCAUCGAAGCCGAUACGUACAUCGUCUGGCCCAAUUUGGUCACCUGGCUCUCCCGGCUCAAUCAUACCGAGAACCACUAUCUCGGCAGUCAGAUGCAGAUCGGGGACGUUCUCUUUGCGCAUGGCGGCGCGGGAAUUAUCCUGUCUAAAAAGACAAUGCACCUGCUAAAUGACUACCAGAGCACACACCAGGAAGAACUCGAACAGAUGACGAGUCGAGAAUGGGCAGGAGACUGUGCCUUGGCCCGAGCACUGAGAAAAGUCCACGUCGAUUUGACCUGGGCAUGGCCGAUGAUGAUGACUUCACGGCCCCAGGAAAUCGACCAUUUCUCCGAGGCAUAUGGUCGCCAGCCGUGGUGUUUCCCAGCCGUUUCAUACCACCACAUGAGUCCUCGUCACAUCGAAGAGAUGUGGCGUUUCGACCGAGGAUGGUUCAAGAGCGGCAAGAAUGCGCUUCUCCUGCACGGGGACGUCUACCGAGAAUCGGUCCACAACAAAUCGCUCGCAACCCGAUCCAACUGGGAUAAUCUCUCUCCAGCCGCUGUGACAUUGAAUCCAUCAGGUGAAGCGUCUGCAGAUGCUUGCGCCAAGGCCUGUGGGAAGAAUAAUGACUGUUUACAGUUCUCGUUCAAUCGCGAGAAACAGUCCUGUAAACACGCUUCCACGACGUUUGGCGGUGUUCCUAGCAAUGGAACCGACUCUGGAUGGAUCACACAUCGUGUGCAGCGACUUUUGGAUACUUUCCAAUCCUCGUGUCCGGAGGUGCAAUGGGUGUUGCACUAA